AUGUCUUUUAUCCUCAAACGCCUUAUGCUCGUGUUGUCUAUCGCGAUGCUAACAAACAUGAUUGCCGCUUAUUCUGGUGAUGCUACUUACUACGAGACUGGCCUUGGUGCUUGUGGUACUGUAAGCAAGGACACCGACCAUAUUGUCGCUCUCUCCACCAGUGAAUAUGACAAAGGAGCUCACUGCUGGAAGCAUCUCACUGUUACCUACCAGGGUAAGUCCGUUGACGUCACAGUAGUCGACGAGUGUCCUGGAUGUGGGGAGUACGGUAUCGACUUGUCCCCUAGUGCUUUCUCUGCACUUGCUCCGGAGUCUGCUGGACGGAUUCCCGUUGAAUGGAAAUUCACCUAA